CUAUUUUCCAAUAUUGGCCUUCAUGAAUAAUGGCUUCUUUGUUUGAAGUUGGAACAGAAAUGAAAAUGGCACCCUCCUCCACCUCCUGGAAUUCGACUCCACUGGAAUUUACAUACCAAGCUCUGGGUUGGAUUGCUUUUUCUUGUUGGGGUGUUUGUUUCUACCCUCAACUCUAUUUGAAUUUUCGCAGAAAAAGUGUGGUUGGUUUGAACUUUGACUUUCUGAUACUCAAUGUGACAAAGCUUUGUUGCUAUUCCGCCUACAAUAUCUGUCUCUACUUUGUACCUGCUGUUCAAAACCAGUACUUUGAUGAGUAUGGCUCUACUGAGAUGAUACCGGUAGCAUUAAGUGAUGUUGCUAUGGCAAUUCAUGCUCUUCUCUUGACACUAUUUGCCAUGUUUCAAGUUGCAAUAUAUGAACGCGGAGGUCAGAAAUUCUCUAAGAUAUGUAUUGUACUUGUGGCUUCUGUAUGGUUAACAGCUGGGAUUUGCUUUUUCAUAGCUUUGCCGACCAAUUCUUGGCUUUGGUUGGUCUACAUACUUAACACAAUCCAAGUGUUUAUGACGGUCAUCAAAUAUGCUCCCCAGGCCAUUAUGAACUUCUUGCGGAAAAGCACCGAUGGAUUCAGCAUUUUUUACAUUUUAUUUGAUUUUACUGGAGAUGUAGCAAAUUUGGCACAGAUGGCUGUGCAAUCUAUAAAUCAAGGUUCUUUGGUAAACUUUUAUGGAAAUAUAGGGAAAACAAUGAUAUGUUUGUUGUCUAUAUUGUUUGACCUCAUUUUCAUGUCUCAACAUUACUUACUAUAUCCUGCCAAGAAAGCAUUGGUCCCUCUUAAAAGAAGUAAGGAAAGCAAGGAACCACUUAUUAAGUCUUUUGGUCAUCCACAGUUACUAAAUGUCUGAGGCUUGGGUUUCACUUCAUAUUCAUAAGGUAAAAGUCAGUGAAAGUCUAUGCCAAAUGUAGGAAAAGUAUUGUCAAAUUUGUGGACGUUGUUGUAUUUGUGUCAAUAGCUAUGCUAUAAUGGGUUUUCACGCCCAUAUUAUUGAGGGUGUGAAUCCUUAAUUACAUGUAAUUCAUGUGAAAAGCAAAAGUCUCUCCAUUCAAAGAUUGCCUAUGCCCAUGCUAUGGUACACAUACAAGCCGACCAUCGCAAAAUUAUUGUUUCUGCAAAAGAAAAGCGUUUACUUAUAUUAUUGUGAAUGCUUAUCAAAUGUAGACAUUAUUUGCUCUGUUAACUUCUUUGUUA